ACACCCAAUAUCGGGACUCCUAGCCUCAUACCUGGAAGCUUUAUUGAAAAAUCCUCCAGGACAGUGUCCAGAUGAGUGAAUGCCUCUUUUUUGAGGGACUCCCGAUGCCUUCCAUCUUAACCAAUGUGGAGACAUUGUGCUUUGCCAGGGAAGAAUUUUUGGUGAGAGAUGAUGAUGUCAUCAUAGUAAGCUACCCUAGAUCAGGAACACACUGGAUAAUUGAAAUUAUCAAUUUGAUCCACGUCAAUGGGGACCCUACCUGGAUCCAAACCGUACCAGUUUUUUUGAGGUCCCCAUGGAUAGAGGAUGCUCAUUUGCAGAAAGACCUAAUUAAUCGAAAUGGACCACGCCUCAUGGUUUCACAUCUCCCUGUGCAACUCUUCCCCAGGUCCUACUUCAACUGCAAUGCCAAGGUUGUUUAUAUCCUAAGGAAUCCAAAAGAUAUUAUUACAUCUCUUUAUCAUGUAUCAAGAGGAUUCGUUUGUAAGAAGCAACCAGAGAAUUUUGAUGAAUUCUUGAACCAGUUUAUCAAAGGUGAUGUGCAUUAUGGAUCUUGGUUUGAUCACACCCUUGGAUGGAUAAAGAAGAGAGACAUGGGGUCCUUCCUAUUAAUUUUCUAUGAGGAGCUGCAGAGGGACCCCAGGGGCAGUGUGGAGAAGAUUUGUCAAUUUCUUGGUAAAAAGUUGAAGCCAGAAGAAAUUGAUUUAGUCAUCCAAAACAGUUCUUUCUCCGCCAUGAAAGAGAACAAAAUGUCUGACCAUUUUGCCAUGGACGGUCGUAUGCAGAAAGUAAUCAUUGCGCCAAUGCUGAGAAAGGGAGUUUCUGGGGACUGGAAAAACCACUUCACUGUGGCCCAGAGUGAAGACUUUGACAAGCUCUUUCAGGAGAAGAUGUCGAGGUUGGAUCCAGGACUCUUCCCCUGGUUCUGAGCCUGGGACUCUCUUACGGUUUCUGAGUGUUCUCUACUUUGCUUUCCCAUUCUGCCUGGUGGUUCGCAAAAUAAACAC